AUGUCCUCCGCCAGCCCCAACAUGAACAAGCGUUACUCGCUCCGUGACCAGCCCCUGCGCGGCAAGACGACAACGAUGAACCACCUCCGCCUCCGACGGCUUAUGGAGCACAACUCUCGCCUGUGGGACGAUCUGCAGAGGCCCCGUAUUCGCACCAGCGAGGCGAGUCUGAGCAGCAUUAUCGAGUACUGCAAGACGACCCAGGACCCGCUCAUCCCGUCCUUGUGGGGCAAGCUGGAGGAUCCGUACGCGCUGCCGAACCAGAACCAGUGCUGCUGUGCCCCACCUUACGAAGCGACAGUGAGCAGCUAUGAUACACAUUUCACCAGCUGA